CAACAACCCACGCCGCAUCAUCUCAAGACCACGCGCACUUUUUUGUUUUGUUUUCCAACCGCGCUUGUCUCCCUGCUACACUCUCCAAGCACCCACGCCCACCUUCCGUCCUUCCUUCGCGAGAAACACAGCGCUCCUUUUUGAAGAACAACGGUCAAGGAUGAUGGCUCAGGACGAUGCUGCCAUGCCUCAGCUUCAGGACUGGGAGGCCCUGCAAGCAAAGAUCUUCACCAAGUGGGUGAACCAGAAGCUCAUGUCGCGCCACUUCCCGACAAUCAACAACGUGCAGUCGGACCUGGCCAAGGACAACACGUUGUACAACCUCAUGUGUGCGCUCACGGACCGGGAGCCGCCGGUUGAGAAGAAGAAGCCCGCCAAGAUGCAUGUCAAGGCGCAGGUCCUCGACGAUAUUGACAAGGCCCUCAAGUUUGUCUUUGACUGCGGCAUCCAGAUGAAGCUCAAGCCGUCGCCAGAGAACCUGUACAGCGGCGACUUCCGCGACGUCAUGGCACUGGUGUGGGCCAUCAUGAUGAAGUACAUCAAGUUUGACGAGGAGGACGGGCAGGAGAACCUCUCUGCCAAGGACGCGCUCCUGCGCUGGUUGCAGUUCCACACCAAGGACUACCCACAGGUCAAGGUGGAGAACCUGACCAAGUCGUUCCACGACGGCAUCGCCUUCUGCGCCCUCAUCCACAAGUUCAAGCCGGGCGCCAUUGACCUGGACAGCCUCGACCCAGCCAACAAGGCCGAAAACCUUCAGCUCGCCAUGGACAAGGCUGAGGAGCUGUUUGGCAUUGAGAAGUACUUGACGCCCGCCGAUAUUCUCAAGCUGGACGAAAAGUCCAUGCUCGUUUACUGCAGCGAGUACUACUACCACAUCAACGAACAGCUCAAGCGCGACCUCGCUGCCAAGCGCAUCUCCAAGCUCAUCGCUUUCACCCGCGAAAACGACGAGACCAAGGCGCGGUAUGUUGAGCAGGGCGAGCAGCUGCUGCAGCGCGUGCGCACCUCUGAGGAGCUCCUGACGGGCGUGGACGUGAUCGACAACACCAUGGCCGGCGCAAAGGACCGCCUCCAUCGCUUUGACACAUACAAGUCCGAGCACAAGCGCAGCAUCGUCUCAAUCCACCUCGACAUGGAGGCAACCUACAACACCCUCGCCAUGCGCCUCGCAAACCACAACCGCCCAGAGUUUGUGCCAGAGAACAGCGAGCUGGUGCUCGGCACGCUGACGGCGCGUAUUCGGGACCUGCAGGCGAAGGAGAGUGUUGAGUCGCAGCUGCACGCCGAACUCAACCGCCAGACACGCCUUCUCCAGCUCGACUCCCAGCACGCCACACAGGCCGGCAAGAUUGUGCAGUGGAUUGAGGACAAGAACCAGUACCUUGCUGGCGACUUUACGGUGACGUCUAGCGGUGAGGCGCGCAAGCAGCUCAAGCUCUUUGACAGCUUUGUCAAGGAGAGCAAGGCCAUGCAGGCCGACCCCGUGCAGCAGCUCGCCAAGAUCAGCAAGGUGCUCGCCGAGGAGAAGUACGAGCGCGCUGCGGAGGCGAGCGAGCGCGAGAGCGACAUCAAGACCAGGUUCGCUACCCUCGACCAGACUGCCGCCGAGAAGGAGCCCGUUCUCAAGGACAACCUUGCUCGCGAGCUCUUCAAGGAGAAGGUUCGGCUCGACGUGAAGGUGCACACGGAGACGUUCCAGUCCCUGCAGGCCUGGUGCGCAGAGAAGUCUGCCUACGCCACCAAGAAGGAGACGGUGGCCUCUGUGCAGGCAGCCCACCUCCAGCUGAGCGUGCUCGAUGCGCUGCUCACGGAGAAGAGCGAUGUGGAAAAGGGCAGCGUUGCUCGCCUCAACUCCCUCGGCGCCGCCAUCCGCGACGCCAAGUACGAGACGCAGUACUCCCAGUGGGUGUACGAGGACCCUGCCGCCGUGCAGAAGCUGGAGGAGGACGUGCAGGCGCUGCUGUCCACGCUGGAGCAGCAGGCGGCGCAGAAGCGCACGGUGCUUGAGGACGACCUGGCCCGCGAGCAGGAACGCGAGCGCAUCGACCUCCUGGUCAGCAACCACCGCUCGCAGUACGAGCAGCUGCUGGCGUGGGCAGCGAAGAAGAUUGAGUACCUGGAGACGAAGGAGACGGUGGAGAGCUCGUCCGAGGCCAAGAAGCAGCUGAGCAAGCUGGAGCUGUACGAGAAGGAGAAGGCAGACACGACCGAGGGCAACGUGGCGUCGCUCAAGGCCAUGGGCAACGAGGUCCGCACCACAGAGUACAAGACAGAGCUCUCCCAGUGGAAGUAUGAGAAGCCCGACACCCUGGUUGCCCUGGAGAGUGAGAUUGACGCCAAGUGGCAGGAACUCGACCAGAAGGCAGCAGCCAAGAAGGCGGUGCUUGAGGACGACCUUGCGCGGGAGCUGUUUGCAGAGCAGACGCGACUGAUGGCGUCAACCCACUCGAGCAGCCACGACAACCUCAUGAGCUUUGCUGCCCUCAAGCAGAAGCAGUACGCCGAGGACAUUGUUGUCAACAGCAUCGCCGACGCCCAGUUUUUGCUGAGUCAGCUCGAUUCGCUUGAGCAGGAGCGCAAGACGGUGCAGGACUCGAUGGUUGUCUCCCUCAAGCAGCUUGGCAAGGACAUUCUUGGCCGCCAGUACAAGACCGCCCACAGCUCCUACACCUACGAGAACCCGGCUGAGAUCACGGGCCACGAGGCAGCUGUCGACGAGGCGUUUGCCAGCCGUGCAAGCGAGGCCGCUGCCCGCCAGUCAACGCUGCAGGAGCUGCUUGCCAAGGAGGAGCGCAAGGAGGAGCUUCGCCUCGAGUUUGCCAGCCUCGCUGCUGACUUCAUCCGCAUGACAAACGACAAGAUUGCGGAGAUUGGCACACAGGACGAGCAGAAGGUGAUGCACGGCUUCUCGCUGGAUGAGGUUGAGGCGUACGAGACCACGCUCUUGAGCGAGGAGCAGGAGCUCUCCAACGCCACUGCUGCCCGCCAGAAGGAGUACAAGGCCGCCCUUACAGAGAUGGACUCCCUCGGUGUCACCGAGAACGCGUACACGAAGCUGACGUCUGCUGAUCUUGAUGCGGCACAGGGCAAGUUGGACGCUGCUGUGCAGGCCCGCCGCUCCUUUUACGAGCAGGAGCGCGAGCGCCAUCGCGCAAACGACGCCCUGUGCAAGCAGUUUGCCGACCUUGUUGUGCCGUUUGAGAAGCAGGUGUCUGAGCUCAUGGCCAAGGUGCUGGCUGCCAGCAGCACGGAGGAGGACCAGCUUGCGCUGGUGACAGACAACCUCAACAACGCCGACAGCGUGAAGCUCGACUUUGCUGCUGCCACGCAGCUUGAAAAGUCGCUCGCUGAGCGCGGCGUGGAGUCCAACCCGUACACGGUGCUCUCUGUGGAGGAUGUUCAGAUCACGUGGGACAACUACAUGCAGGUGCUGCAAAGCCGCAAGCCGUACCUGGAGAACGUCGUUGCGUACAAGAAGUACCGCGGUAUUUCCCCGCAGCAGUACGAGGAGAUGGAGCAGAUCUUCCACUCCUUUGACAAGGACGACAGCAACUCCAUCAACGAGCGUGAGCUGCGGUCGUGCCUGUUCUCUCUCGGCGAGGAGCGCACCAAGGCCGAGAUCCAGGCGUACAUGUCCCAGUACGGCACCGCCGGCAACCUGAGCUUCCAGCCCUUCCGCGAGCUCAUGAUCACGCUGCUUGGCGACGCCGGCACCCCAGCGGGCGUCAACGAGUCGUUCAAGGUCAUUGCCCGCGGGCGCACGGCUGUUGCGGAGGAACAACUGGCGGAGCUGCUGUCAUCGGACGACGUCGAGUACAUCAAGGCCACGGCGCGCCCUGCGGAGGAGGAGCCUGGAUACGACUUCCCCGCGUGGAUUGAGGAGGUGUUUGCUCGCUAAACGCACGACUCGUUCGUAAUGGCCGCUGCAAGCACAUUUUUCUCACCCAGUGCUUCCGUGAUCCCCCCCCCCCCCCAAAAAAAAAAAACUCCCAUGUCUCACUCAUGCUUAUGUUUUUUUUUUUUUCCUCUGAUGCCGUUGAUGCUGACCUUGGGGUUGUUCGCACACAUUUGCACGUGUGACUUGUGCCAGCAGUCCCCAUUGCUCGUGCAUGUGGCGUUUGUUUGUGUUGUGUUGGGGCUGUGUUGGGUGUUGUUUAGUUUGUGGUCUUUCUCUCCCUCCUAACCUGAUGGUGAUGACGAGCAUGCGAGACUGUUGGUUGUUUCUUGCUGCUUGUGUUGUGCGCGUUGCUUUUUCCCUAACGUUUGUGGUGCUGGUGGUGAUGCCUUUUUGUGUGUUGCGUGUUGCUUGGGCCCUCGUGCCCGAAAUAAACACCCUUCCCGUGGACGCUUCAUUGUGUG